GUGAGAAAUAAGACAAAUAUUGCAACAUCCAGCACACACAAUAAAUUAUAACCGUAACAGUUGCACACACAACGAUGGAACAUAACAUUAAAGUUUUGUAAACAGAAUACACUGUAGUAGUAUUGGCAAAAUAAUAAACGCUUAAAAUUUGCAUCACGUCAUCAUUAUCAUCACACACUACAAAUAAAAUAAUUAAAAUAAAAGUACGUACAUUUAUAUAGAAAAAAAUAAAGCGAAACAAAAACAUCGAACAAAAUAAAUAAAAUUAAAAAAUAAAAAAAAAAUUAUAAGGCAAAUAAACACCACAGUCAAUUAUAAAUAUUACGUCCCCCCAUUUUACAAUGAAACGUCGCCUAAAACUUGUGAUGAUGAUAAACUAAAAUAAGCAGCACAAUAUACAUAAAUGUAUACAUUUAGUUAACACACAUACGAAUACGUUACGGUACGAGUCCGAGUCCAAAUACGAUUAUGCAGUACAUAUAAAGACCAUAGAGAAGAGAAUCAAAAUAUACAAUAAUAAUUCUAUCUAGAUACAAACAUACAUACAUAUAAAUAAUUUACUUUAUACAUUUACAUUUUGUAUGCUACAUACAUACAAACAUAUAUGUACAUAUGUUAAUAUCCAACCAUUUGUGAAUAUAACACAAAUUUCAUUGUUAUUGUUUGGACGAUAGCAAAAAAAAAAAAAAAGAGAGAUAUUUGCCAAGCAAAUCAAAACAUAAAAACACCAACAAAAAUUAAACUCAACAAUUAUAAAAUAUGAGUUGGUUACGUUCAAGUCCUUUAAGGCAGAGUCUAACACGUACUCAUAGUAAUGGCUCCGGUGCAGGAAGUUCAUUUUUCACCACAUCCAGUAGUUCCGGUUCAACACAACAUCCUGUUUUAAGACAACGUCCCAUAGAUACUGCAACUGAUUGUGAUCCGCGUGCCUGUUAUGAUAGUUUUUGUAAACACUGGCAACAAGCCUACGAAAUUAUACAAAGAGCCGAUGGUCCAAAUCGUACUCCAUCACAUGAUGAUGUUUUGGCGGUUGUGUCACAUUUGGAUUUUAUGGUUACACUUUUAUUGGUGGAAUUACAUCAUUGUAAUAAAGUUGCCUUACCCGACUCAUCAAAUGUACCACCUGCACCUUGUUUGGAAUAUAUGUUAAGUGAAAAUCUAUUAGAUAAAUUAUAUGAAUGGGGCUGUGUGACGGGACGUUAUGCCAAUGCGGUGCGUUUGGAGCAGCUGAAACUGUAUGAACUAUUGGUUAGUCAUUCCAGGCAUCAGCUAUUGUGUCACGAACCAUUUUUGAGGCCAUUAUUGAAAAUAUUGGCAUCAAGUCAAGGUGAAAUAUUUCCACCAGAUCUCGAGAAACGUUUGGUCAUACUAUUGAAUCAACUUUGUGUGGUUCUAAUGCAAAAUGUUCAUCUUUUGGAUUUGUUUUUCUUUACAUCAGCUCAAGAAACACAGAGUCCUAGCAACUUUAUAAUAUUUUCUCUACUCAUACCAUAUGUUCACCGUGAAGGCAGUUUGGGUCAUCAGGCCAGAGAUGCUCUCUUACUAUGUAUGGCGUUAUCACAAAAAAACUCCAAUAUUGGUACUUACAUAGCACAAUAUUCGUCCAUGUGUCCAUUACUGGUUACUGGUCUCGGUGGACUCUAUUCACGUCUACCUAAUUCCAUUGAAAUCAAUUCAAUUGAUUGGCAUCGUAUAACGCCCGAUGAUGUUACUGAAAUACCUGAAUUGACAUUAUUUAUGAAUGCUUUGGAAUUUUGUAAUGCUGUUGUACAGGUGGCUCAUGAAAUGAUUAAAAAUCAAUUGCUUGAUUUUAUGUAUCAAGGAUUUAUUGUACCCGUUUUGGGUCCAGCAUUAUUACAGACAUUGAAAGGCAAACAUUUCCAGACAAAUGUGGAUUCUCAAAUAUCGGCCAUGUCCUAUUUGGAUUUAAUAUUGCGCUCAGUGACCGAACCAGAACUAAUGAAAUUAUUUGUGAAAUUUCUCUUGGAUAUGGAAAAGUUUGAUGGUGAACGUAUAUUGGAUACAUUGGUGGAACGUUUAAGUUCUCAAGAUCCCAAUUUAUGUAUGGUUACAAUGGCAUUAUUCGAUACCCUAUUGGGUUUACAUUGUGAGGAUUUAAUGUUGGAAUUAUUAUUGAAAUAUCUACUGCCGGGUAAACAUGUACCCAUAUCUUAUCGUCACAAAAUUAAUAAAAUUGAUCCUUAUACAAACGCCGCCGAAUUCUUUUUGGAUUUAACGCCCGAGGUAAUGAAAAGAGCUAGAGAGUUGACAAAACAUAAACAUGUAGGCGAUACAGCACAUCAUACACACCCCACCAUGCCGUCGCCUACAUCAACGCUGAGUAAGACUAUUGGAGCCAAUUGGAAUUACUAUGGUUUGCAUACCGGCGAUAGUUUGUAUGCCAAUUAUCAUGCAUAUCUGUUUGAAGCUCAUUUUCGUAUAGUGCAAUGUUUAACGGCUUGUUCAACUUGGUCCCAUGAUUAUAAAUAUCAGAAAUGGCCUCGUAAAUCGAGUAAAGGAAAUAAUCAAACUAUGGAAAUGGUUAAACAGUUUUUCAAUGAAUUCAAUAGCAGUCCUUUGUUGGAGCAAUCAAAUUUAAUUUCCUCAAGCACAACAUUCUAUGAAGACAAAAAACAGUUUGAUAGUUUGCAAUCUAUAGGGGAAUCCAGUGGCUAUGAAUCGUUUAAAUGGAGACCGGCCGAUGAAGAAACAGCUGCUGAUGAGUUAGCGCCUUCGACCAAUGUAUCCGUCAGUAUGGCUGACAUUGAUUUAGAUUCCAGCAGUAGCAGCCACAAACAAAAUUCCAUAUUAUCAAAGAAAGAGCCCUGGAGAAUGUCAAAAAAUCGUCAUGAAAUACAUUUAACAGAUUUGGACUUUUCUGAAGAUCUAUUUGCCCAGGGGACCGUAUCAUUGGGUCCCUUUCUAAAUGCGGUUUGUAGUAAAUUACAAACAUUUACCAGUAAUACUCUUUAUGUGAAUCUACAUCUUACGGGGCUGAUAACACGUUUAGCCUGGUAUCCCUUACCUUUAAUACACUCUAUACUCUUGCGUCCCGAUAUUGUUGUCACCUCAGACACUCCCUCAUUUCAUCAGGUAUUGCGCAUACUCAAACAACAAAUUGAUGCUGAACUACCAGUGGUUGAAGAUUCUCUAGAAAUAAUCGAUGUGGCCCGUUCAUAUCUUAUAGAUCGUGAAUUUCGUUUGAUUAAUGCCCGCAAAGCAACAGAAAAUUCUCCCUUACAUGUAGCCAAAGUUAUGACAACGCAACAGUCUACAUAUGCCGCCAUAUCGGCCUCCUCACCGGUACAGGUGACACCUUCCUCCUCGUAUGAUCCCUUCAAACGUAACGACACAAAAAGAAUGAGUAUUAGCAAAUCGAUAACUAGUAUGUUUAGCCGCAAGUCAAAUGCUACAUCUGGCUUAUCACAAAUUUAUGCAUUCUUCACCGGAGGAUCUACAUCACCAUUUGCAGUUGGCUCAAAUACAACGGCUAGCACUUCGUCUACAUCUCCUUCAUUAAAUAAUCAAAAUCAAGCAACAAGUUCAGUAAAUAGUUCUAUAACAAGAGAGACUAGUUUAACCAAUCUACCGCCUUUAGGAGCAAAAUCCUCAGCCUCAACAUCCUCCUCCUCUUCCUCUGUAACGGCGGCAACAAAUGAACGCACAAAUGAACGUAGUGGCAGUGUUAGCAGUACCACUACCUUGCAAUCGAACAAUUCAGCAACGGCAACAGCAACAACAUCUUAUAAUAAUUUUCCACAACAUAACAGCAUAACCUCCUCUCUGGGUGAUAGGGCUAGUUCAACAUCGACUUUAACCGCUUCAUCUAACCUGGGAAAUAUGGCCUAUAUGGUGGGUAGUGGUAAUGGUUCCGAACCGGCUUCUCUAGAUUCGAUAUCAUCAACAAUGGGAGCAAUUACCAGCGGUGGCACCGAACGCACUAGAGAUUUAGCCUUAUGUGCUGUCUUAUUAGAUGAAUGGUUAAAGGAGUUAGCCGCUAUAGCUCAAGAGCAAAGUGUUGUUAUGCUUGAUAAGGAUUACUGACAUUGUUGUCAUGAUGAUGAUGGGUGUGGAUCAAUACAACAACAACUCUAUGCCAAUUAAUUGUACAUGUUUUUGAUAUCGUUUUUAAGAGAAAAGUUAAAAUAUUUAUAUUUAUCUUUUUAAAGAUAUAACAAUUAUUCAGUAAGUUUUGUUUAUCAGUUUGUAUAUUUGUUUUCGAUUCUUCUUUCUUUUUGGGAAAACGAAAUUGUAUUAAAUAAAUCUAUAUAAAAGCAAUAUAUUUAUUUACAUA